AUGGGCACAAUUAUUUACGGGCUUCAGGCUGGCGAAUACGCCAGUUUUGUUGAUCUCUCUUGUUACGCGUUUGUCUAUGACGAGUAUAAUCAGGUACCGGUGAACCUAACCGAAAACGUGUUGAGCGAAGAAUAUGUUCGAGAAAUUAUCGCAAGAAAAAGACAAAUUCUGAUCCAUCGGGAGCACAAUGAGGAUGAAAUCCGCGAAUCAAUGCGAGAUAUGGAAGAGUGCGAUCGUAUCAUUGAAGGAUGGCAAAGCUUAGAAAUUGACGAACUUCGUGCUACAUGGAAUCAGAAACUUUCAGAGUUUGAGUCUUGGCACGAGAUGAUGCAACAAGUGGAAGUUCUCUCUCAAACCAUUCAGACUCGACUGGAUGUUACCGUCAUCCAAACUAUUUGGAUUCUGAAGGAACGAUCUUAUGAAAUCAAACAUAGUGAACUCGGAGGAACACUUCGGGAAUCUCUCGAACAGUUGGCAACAACAAGCGAGACAUCUGUCCAUCGACAUCUUCAGAACCUGGAGUUGAGUAACGAACAAGACUGUCCAGAUGCCAUCGAGUUUCUUGAGGUGAUAGUCAUUUUCCGCUCAUUACACUUUCUUUCUUAUCCUCUCGAUUUUCCUCUCAUCUUUCGUUCUCUAAGGCUC